AUGCUAUAUAUUAAAUAAUUUCCUUUACCAAUUUUUUUGGAAUUGUCCAUUUUGUCCCUUCACCAACCACGACCAAAGUUUAACAAAUUCCCAUGUGGUUGGCUACAUUCACAUCACCUUAACCAUAACAAGUCCUAUAUUACAAGUGUCAGUUCUUCUUCUUUGUGAAAGAAAUAGCUUAAGCAACAACACAAAUCUCAUUAAUCAAAUAAUCAAAAUCAUGACUAUCCAAAAAAUUGAAGAGUUCAUUUUCAAAUCCAAGCUUCCUGAUAUCUACAUUCCAAAGCACCUUCCUCUUCAUUCAUAUUGCUUUGAGAAUUUAUCAGAGUAUGGAUCACGUCCAUGCCUCAUUGAUGCCCCAACCGGCGAAAUCUACACCUACUAUGAUGUUGAACUCGCUUCACGAAGAGUCGCAUCCGGUCUCAACAAAUUAGGUAUCGGACAAGGCGAUGUCAUCAUGGUUCUUCUCCCUAAUUGUCCGGAAUUUGUGUUUUCUUUUCUCGGUGCUUCUUUUCGUGGCGCUGUAAUGACCGCUGCGAAUCCUUUCUUUACCUCAGCUGAAAUUGCUAAACAAGCAAAAGCCUCCAAUGCUAAGUUGCUUGUAACACAAGGUUGUUACUUUGACAAAGUUAAGGAUUUAGAAAAUGUGAAGCUGGUUUUUGUGGACUCUUUACCAGAAGGAGAAAAUCAUAUGCAUUUCCGUGAGCUGGCUCAAGCUGAUGAGAAUGAAAUUGAAGAGGCAAAGAUAAACCCUGAUGAUGUAGUUGCUUUGCCAUAUUCUUCUGGUACAACAGGACUACCUAAAGGUGUUAUGCUAACACACAAAGGAUUAGUGACAAGUGUAGCACAACAAGUUGAUGGUGAAAAUCCAAAUCUAUAUUACCAUUCUGAGGAUGUGAUACUCUGUGUUCUUCCCAUGUUUCAUAUCUACUCACUCAACUCUGUUUUGCUCUGUGGUUUGAGAGCCAAAGCUUCAAUUCUGUUAAUGCCAAAGUUUGAUAUUAAUGCAUUUUUUAGCCUUGUUCAUAAAUACAAAGUCACUAUUGCUCCUGUUGUGCCUCCAAUUGUCUUGGCUAUUUCUAAGUCACCUGAACUUGAUAACUAUGAUCUUUCAUCAAUAAGAGUGUUGAAAUCUGGUGGUGCUCCACUUGGUAAGGAACUUGAAGACACUGUUAGGGCCAAAUUUCCUAAAGCCAAACUAGGACAGGGAUAUGGGAUGACAGAGGCAGGUCCAGUUUUAUCAAUGUGUUUGUCAUUUGCAAAAGAAGCAAUAGAUGUGAAACCGGGUGCAUGUGGAACUGUUGUCAGAAAUGCUGAGAUGAAAAUUGUUGAUCCUGAAAAUGAUUCUUCUUUGCCUCGUAAUCAACCUGGUGAAAUUUGUAUUAGAGGAGACCAAAUCAUGCAAGGUUAUCUAAACGACCCAGAAGCAACAAGGAGAACAAUAGACAAAGAAGGUUGGUUGCACACGGGUGACAUUGGUUACAUUGACAAUGAUGAUGAAUUGUUCAUAGUUGAUAGACUUAAAGAAUUGAUUAAAUACAAAGGUUUUCAAGUUGCUCCAGCUGAACUUGAAGCCAUUAUUCUCUCCCAUCCUCAUAUCUCUGAUGUUGCUGUUGUCCCAAUGCUGGAUGAAGCUGCUGGUGAGGUCCCAGUUGCAUUUGUUGUGAGAUCAAAUGGAAAUAUCGAGACAACUGAGGAUGAAAUUAAGAAGUUUGUCUCUAAACAGGUGGUGUUUUACAAAAGAAUAAACAGAGUAUUCUUCAUUGAUGCCAUUCCAAAGUCACCCUCAGGCAAAAUAUUAAGAAAGGACCUAAGGGCUAAGCUUGCAGCUGGUGUUCCAAAUUAAACAUUAAUCAAUUCAUUUUUCAUAUUACAACUAGUAUUUUUAUUCACGGCUGGCUUGUUCCAAAUUCAACAUGCUCAAUUUCAGACCUUGUUGUUAAUUAUUAUUACUAGUAGUAUAUACAUUUGAUUAAAACAACAUAUAUGAUCAUUAUGAUUGAUUACUGCUAUAUGGUUAAACUCUUC